GAGGUGAGAGGCAGAGAAGAGCGGGGCGGUGGGGGGCUCUCUCCCAGGCCGAGCUCCCUCCGUCUCCCCUUCCUCCUCCUUUCUCGGCGCCUGCGCGGGGCGGAGGUGGGUGAUUGGAACAGGCCUAGGGUGUUCUGACCCUUCAACCCCUGCGCCAUGGCCACACUGAGCGUCAAGCCCAGUCAACGCUUCCGGUUGCCAGACUGGAACACCAACAGCUACCUGCUGUCCACCAACGCCAAGCGGCAGCGAGAUGCUUCCCACCAGAUCCGCCAGGAAGCCCAGGUCCUCCGCAAUGAGACCAACAACCAGACCAUUUGGGAUGAACAUGACAAUAGGACUCGACUGGCGGAGAGGAUCGAUACUGUGAACCGUUGGAAGGAGAUGCUGGACAAGUGUCUGACGGAUUUAGAUGCUGAGAUUGACGCCCUAAUCCAGAUGAAGGAGUCGGCAGAGCAAAACCUGCAGGCCAAGAACCUGCCUCUGGAUGUAGCAAUCGAGUGCCUGACCUUGAGGGACAGUCGGCGCGACAUUGAUGUGGUGAAGGAUCCUGUGGAGGAAGAGCUGCACAAAGAGGUGGAGGUCAUUGAUGCCACCAAGAAGGCCUUGCAACAAAAGAUUAGCCAGGCCUUUGAGAAGCUUUGCCUCCUGCAGGAGGUCCGACAGCAGCUCAGCUCUGACCAUCGGGACAAAAUGGAGACACUGGACAUCGACAGAGGCUGCCUCUCUCUCAACCUCAAGUCCCCAAACAUCUCUCUGAAGGCUAAUCCCAUGCGUGUCCCCAGCGGCUCCUCCACCCUCCAGCAGUGGGACGACUUCAGCCAGUUCAACAAGAACCUGGCAGAGACCGAGAUGAAAGCCGCCGUAGAGCUGAGGGAGGCCAUGGCCCUAACUAUUGCCGAGGUGACUGACCCCUCCCACACCCUGCUCUUCCACGGCCGGCUGGUGGCCCGAGGGUUCCCUGUUGGCCAUGUGGCAUCACCCCCCCUCAACUUGCGCGAUUUCCUCAGAUGGCCACGAGCUUAUGCCUCCCCUUGCCCUGCCUCCCCUGUCCUUCAGACCAACAAUGAGCUCGAAGCCCAGAGGGUGGCCACAGACUUUGCCUUCAGGAAGCGGCUGCGGGAGAUGGAGAAAGUGUACAGUGAGCUCAGGUGGCAGGAGAAGAAUACCUUGGAGGAGAUCGCUGAGCUGCAGGAGGGCAUCCGGCACCUGGAGGAGGAUCUGCGCAGAAAGUUACAGAACCUGAAGCUGUGCCAUACCCGGCUAGAGUCCAGAACUUACCGGCCCAAUGUGGAACUCUGCCGGGACCAGGCACAGUAUGGCCUCACUGACGAGGUUCACCAAUUAGAGGCAACCAUCGCUGCCCUGAAGCAGAAGCUGGCCCAGGCACAGGAUGCUCUGGAUGCUCUCCACAAGCACCUGGCCCGGCUGCAGGCUGACAUUGACUGCAAGGCCAACUCCAUGCUGUUGGACGCCAAGUGCAUGGACACGCGCAGGAAGCUGACUGUGCCUGCGGAGAAGUUUGUGCCCCAGGUGGACACCUUCACCCGCACCACAAACCGCACCCUGAGUCCACUCAAAAGCUGCCAGCUGCAGCUGGUCUAGUCUUGG